ACAGAAAUGUCAUAUGACAUCGUAGUACGUUUUUACCGCUUCAGCGUUUUCACUUUUUUUGCCAAACAUUGCUGCCACGGGUUUUUCAGUCAGGGCUACAGGGUUUCUAACGCGUUAAAAUAUGCUACAUACAGCCUUUACCAUGUUUCAGACUGAGACCAAGCGUUUUCAUUUUUUACUUCUACUUUUUAUUCUUCACAGUGAAACGGAACAGGCGUACGCAGUGUGGCCAAUGCCACAGCAAAUGAGCCAGUCUACAGAACGCUAUCCUGUAGAUCCUCAGCUGUUCGCCUUCAGCUACGCCAGGGAUUCAGCUGCGCAGAGUGGAUGUUCUGUCCUGGAUGCUGCUUUCGAAAGAUACUUCAGCCUCAUUUUCCCCGACUUUGUGGUCGGAACAGGAUUCCGUAACAUUUGGUCAGAGCCAAAACCCUUCAUAUUAUCAGUGAAAGUCAAAAAUGGUGAAUGUGAUGGAUACCCUGAUGAAGGCUCAGAUGAAAGCUAUAACCUCAGUGUAUCUGCUGGUCAAGCAGUCUUGAAAGCAGAGUCAGUGUGGGGAGCUCUGAGAGGACUGGAGUCCUUUAGUCAGCUGGUGUACCAAGAUGAUUACAACUUGUAUUUUGUCAAUAAGACCGAAAUUGAAGACUUUCCACGCUUCAAGUUUAGGGGUCUUUUGCUGGACACUUCAAGGCAUUAUUUACCUGUGCCUGUUAUUCUGAAGACACUGGAUGCCAUGGCCUAUAGUAAAUUCAAUGUGUUUCACUGGCACAUUGUAGAUGACCCUUCUUUUCCUUAUCAGAGCCGCAAUUAUCCAGACCUUAGCAGCAAGGGAGCCUUUCACCCGAUGACCCAUAUUUACACACAGUCAGAUGUGAGGAGGGUAAUUUAUCAUGCAAGACUCAGAGGAAUCAGAGUGGUGCCAGAGUUUGACUCUCCAGGACACACUCAGUCCUGGGGUAAAGGUCAGCCAGACCUGCUGACUCCCUGCUACAAGGGAGAAGUUCCAUCUGGAACAUUUGGCCCUGUCAACCCAACCGUGAGCUCCACCUACCAGUUCAUGAGUGGCCUCUUUAAAGAAGUGACCUCAGUCUUUCCUGAUUCUUAUUUACACCUGGGAGGAGAUGAGGUUGAUUUCACCUGCUGGAGGUCAAAUCCUAAUGUGCAGGCAUUCAUGGCAAAAAUGGGCUUUGGAAGUGACUAUACCAAACUGGAAUCAUACUACAUGGAAAACAUUGUGAACAUCACUGCUGCCCUCAACAAGACUUCCAUUGUUUGGCAGGAUGUGUUUGACUACCGUGAACGACACAGGGCUCACUAUGUGGUGGAGGUGUGGAAGGGGGGCUGUUACUUGUGUGAAGUGCGCAAGGUGACUAAGGCAGGGCUGAAGGUCAUCCUGGCAGCGCCGUUCUACCUAGACCUGCCUGGACCUACGCAUAACUGGGCCCGGUACUACAACGUGCGGCCUCUCGCAUUUCAGGGUCAGGCUUUGAGUGCAGAGUGGUCCGAGUGUGGUGAUGUUUUGCUGUGUAAUGACUUAUAGUUCAGUGCUGUGUACUUUUCUCUCUUUGCUUCAACUAUGUGCUUUGUGCACAAGCAUUCUUUGUUCUUAUCUGUUUUCUCAGGUCUAUGAAAGUGUUUACGAGUUCCAUUGUUGGAAUUGCCUUCCCUGCUCUAUUCUGACUAACUUCCGUUUUUUUCAAAAUGCCAGCAUAAUUCAAUGAUUGAGAUGUGACAUUCACUCGUUUCUGAGUGGUCUGAUGUGCAGUGGCGCAUUAUAGAGAAACUUGCCAACUCGUAUGUCUUUAUAGUGGUGGUGCUAGGAACCAAGGUCUAUAAUGCAAAAAUAGCAUUUUUAUUUGCCAUUAAAAACAACCGGUUAACCUACAGAUGUCUUCCGAGUAACUGACUGUAAUUGAUAAUGGUAAAAUAGUGGUAAAUCUGGUAAAAAUACAUUUUUUUUGAGUACUGUUUACCUUACAACACUUAGUAUGUACCUCUCCACUGUGAUUUAAAAAAAUACAUUUAACGCCUCAGUAGCUUCUCAAAACUAUUGUAAAACAGUGUAUCAGACAUAAGACAACAUAUUCAGAACCAUUUAGUGUAAUAACUGUCUGUGAGAGAGCUUUUAGAGGCAUUAAACUCUUCAGACAUUUGGUUCCUGUCACCACCAUUGUAAACAAUUUUGACUUCACAUCAAACCACUCUGAAUGCCUGUUUACACCUUAAUGGUUUAAAUGUGCAGAAAUGUAAAAAUGUAACGUAAGGGCUUGAUAUGAGCUCAUGGGCUCAUGAGCAAGGAAAUCACUAAAGACUGCAACACAUAGAUUAUGUGUAUAUACUGAGUUGCCAAGUUAUUGGCCCGCACUUUGUACCUGUCUUAGUUAUAUCUAAACUUAUAGGCCGUUUUAUCAGCUACACCUACCAUAAAAGUGCGCUUUGUAGCUAUGCAGUUAAGUCUGGUGCUGCACAGUUUUUGUGGUCAUUGGUCUUACAGUGGUCCCUUUCCACUGAUGGACACGGCCAAGGGUGGCUGACAAACCACAGCAACAGAUGGGCUACAGUCAGCAAUUGUAAACCUGGUAGGUGUAGCUGAUGAAAUGCUGUGUGUGUGAGAGUGUAGGUACAAGAUAAUGAACUAGCAACUCUGUGUAUACAAUAAUUUUUAUCACCACCAGAUGUCAGCAAAGGGUCAACUGUAUAUGCCCUCUGUAAAGUGAUUGUGAUCUCAACAAUGGUCAAAUACCCUCAAGCUGAUAUUAAAGUUGCUGUAUCAGAGUGAGUUUAAAAGACUGAUCAACUGGGUCCCAAAAGCAAAUAAUUUAUGGACUAAGCUAUAGGUUCUUUAGUUUGUAGAACAGGGGUGUCAGACUCCAAUCCUGGAGGACCACAGCACUCCCGUUUGGCCUUCUGUCUCUUAAUACACCUGAUUUUAGUCAUCCACUAGAAGACAGAAACCAAUAGUCUAUACAAGGCUGUGGCCCACCAGGGUCUGAACUGCACCCCCUUUGCUGAAAGCGUUAGAUAUAUGGGCAAGCAGAGCAUUACUCUUUUGUGUGUACU